CUCCUCUUGCUUCAUCUUUCUUCAUCUUUACAGACUCGAACAAAAACAACACAACAUGGACGCCAGAUUACGUCGCGUCAACAAGGAAAUCUCAGAUUGCAAGAAUGACAAAACUUCCAACAUAACCAUUGAUCUCAUUGGCGACUCGCCGUUCCACCUCAAAGGCUCGUUCCCUGGACCAUCAGGCACGCCGUAUGAGGGCGGCCACUUCGAGGUGGACAUCGCGAUCCCCGAAUCGUACCCCUUCCAACCCGUCAAAAUGAAGUUCAUCACCAAAGUCUACCACCCGAACGUCUCCUCCGCCUCGGGCGCCAUCUGCCUCGACAUCCUCAAGGACGCCUGGUCGCCUGUCCUCACGCUGAAGAGCACCCUGAUCUCGCUGCAGUCGCUGCUGUGCUCGCCCGAGCCCAAUGACCCGCAGGACGCCGAGGUCGCGAAGCACUACACGACGAGCAAGAAGAGCUUUGAGGAUACCGCGCGCUAUUGGACCCAGGUGUAUGCCGGCGCGGGUAAGGGCAAGGGUAGUGCGGCCGGUGGCGCAGUCGGCGCGACGGAGGCGCCCAAGAACGAGGUCGCAAUCGCGGGGCUGGAGGAGGUGCAUGUGGGCAAGUUCGAGAAGCUGGGGUUCGAGCGCGGUAAAGUGAUCGAUGUUCUCCGGCGGCUGAACUACCGCGGGAGCAACGUCACCAACAUACACGAUGACAGGAUCGUCCAGGAGCUGCUCAAGUGAUCCUCGCAGGUGCAGAGAUGGGCUCGAUCCACGCAUCCUCCUCCGCCUCGAUCGGCCGGACCGGCUCUUCGGACCGAACGGGUCAUCCCUCACUUGCAUCACGCCUCUCCUGAUGAUCUCGCCUCUUGCCUCCCCCAUCCCGCCCUUCGACAAUGCUCUCCAUUACGUCCGUCCAUUUGCAAACCUGUACACUGUACAUACUCAAACGCAUACUCGCUGUCUGUUGCAAUAAUACCUCAUCCAC